AAAAAGAAACCCUAGACGAGAAUUCCUCGCCUCUAGUUCCACACAAAUUCAUCUCAUCUCAUUCAUAUGGAGAUCUGGUUGGUUCUACUCUACUGAUCCAGGAUUUCUUGCCCAAUUAAUCUCCGGGAGGCCAUGUCGGAAUCGAUUCCAGACAAGCAAAUAGUGGUGAGAUUUCCCAAUCAUGUACUGCCAGCAAGUUUGCGCGAAAAUAUGGGCAAAGAAGGAGCAACCGUAGAUAACAUGGAUCCUUCCUGUCCUUUUCUAGUUCUUGAGAAAUAUGAUAGAAAAAAGUCCUAUGAGUGGCUGAAUCUAAGAGCUGCUUGGGUCGCCAAGUCCAUGCCAAAUGAUAUAAUUAUCCCAGACCCUACUCCUGAGAGGGUGCGAGAUGCCUUCUCUGAAAUAUCUCGCAGCUUGAGCAAUGUCAUGGCAGAGGACAGCGUCCAGUGCUUCCUAAACAUGUUCUUGGAAUCUCCUUCAACCUUCGCAUACAGGUUCACCAUCACCUCAGAAACCUUAACCUUCAUGAUCAGGUACAAUGCCUUGCGAUGCAUGAAAGCCGUGUUGGAGGGCAAGGCACCUGGCCUCGGCUCGAUGCACGCCAAUCCAAACUGCAUGAGCCCGUAUGGAUGCUUCCCUCUCCAUGAGGCUGCAGAACGGUGUUCGCCUCGGAUGAUCAGGUUGCUCUUCAGGCACGGAGCUUCAGCAAACGUAAGAACACUCGCUGAUGAUGGUACGACCGGCGUUGAUCAGGGACGGCUACUGCCGCUCCAUGUUGCAGUUGAGAAUACUUGCUUGCAUAAGUGUCUUGUGGACAAUGUGUCUCCUAUGCAGUAUCGUGAGGAUUGCGUCUACAGGCUCGUUCAUCUGCUGUGCCUACCUGAUAUGAUAGUUUCCUUGGAGGUGAUUAGACUGCUUGCCCAAAAAACAGAUAAUGUAGUCGAUGAGCUCUGGAAUUACAUGAAGAACGGCAAGCUUGCACAGGCCACAGUUUUAUUCCUGGCAGCCCAAAAACAUUUUCGCAAGGGCAAACCUAAUGGGUUUUCUAUCAUCGCGCAACGCAUAUUUGGAGACUAUGAUUCCCUAACGUCUGACAAAGGUAAUGGAGAGGCACAUAAGCAGUUGGAGGAAAGAAAAGCACUUUUGAAUUGCCAAUGUCUGCUUUAUAAUAUAAUUUCGCAAGCUGGCGAGGCUCUUUAUGAUUACGUUCAGACACAUUCAGAGGUGUCCCACGUGGAGGUCCUUGCGCAUGUCUCAUCUAUUCUCAAGGAAUUUGGGUUUUGCCCCAAGGAAGAGUACAUUGACACCAUGAACCUGUCUCCUUAUAACCUGGAUAAUUUUUACAGCGUCGUAUUUCAGGAAGGUCAAACCAAGCCAGUUGAACAAACGUCUUCUCCGAAUGCUGCAGAGAAAAAGGCUAUGAGAAAAAUAAGACUUACAGGAUCUGAACCAUCAUUAAAGAGGAGAGGUUUUUUCCGCUACAGGAGAUUACCAGUAGAGGCCCAGUCUCUAUCCACAGCAGCAGAUGACAAGUCUCUACGACUCCAUGGUGGACAGCUCCGUAAUUAUUCGAGUACUUCGAUGAGCAAUGAGUCUUUGGUUCCUAAUCAUAAUAUUGGUCUCUUGGGAAGAAUUCAGCAACUAAUAGAUUCCCAUCAAUCAAGAAGGUGCCGUACUGCUGCAUUCGAUGUGCUCAGGAAGGUGCUAAAGCAUGCAUGAACAAAAAGGUAUGUGUACGAUAUUUGUCUUCCUGUUUGAAGUUCAUGAACAUGUGGAAAUAAUUGCUGUGACACGCAUAUAAUAAAUAAAAAAUAGAUUAUACUGAACAUUGUUUGUCGGGGCUUAGGAAUUCUACCUCAAACACUACUUAAAAAAAGAAUUUUUCUGUACGAGAAUCCCUAUAGGUUGCAACCGGACCGUAACUGGUUGCAUCUCCAUUUUCGUAUAUGGCUCCUUAAGAGGUCCGUAUACAAAAAUCGAUUUUUACGGGUAUACCACAGAAGAAGCCGUAUGCAAAAGUGAGCUUAUUUUCCCUUGCGAUCAUCUUAACGGGUCACAUGCAAAAAUAUAUUUUCGCACGUGGGCCUCUUAACUGUACCGCAUGCGAAAAUACCCUCAUCUUCUUCAUAGAUAUUUUCUCCUCUCCUCUCUUUUCCUUCUCAACACUUCAAAAUUUUCCACCACCUCUCCUCUCUCUCUUCUUCUCCUCUCCUUAUGUCUCUUCCUAUCCUCUCUCUCUCUUUCUCUCCUCUCCUCACCGACUAGGAGUGGGCAACGCUACCGAUGAGGCGGCUGGGAGCAGGUGGCACCGCCCUGCGUGGAUCCGGUAGCCCUCACUCUCCCAGCCCCCACUCCUCUCCCACAUCCCCCCACUCCUAUCCCCCCUCCUUCCUCACUCCGACGGCAGGCUCCGGCGAUGGCGGUGGCGACCGAGGGUGGCGGUAGAGGGAGAGGGCAGCAUGCGCGGACUUCGGCGGCAGCGGUGGCGGUGGGAGAUGGCCACGGCGGGGGCGAGCGUGCCUGACAGCGGGAGCGCUCCACUACCCAGAUCCAGCAGCGGCGGCCCUCCCUCGCCUGGAUCCAUCGGUCGCAGCCCUCCCUCGUCCCAAUUCGGCGGCGGCUGCCCUCCCACGUGGAUCCGUCGGCGGUGACAACGGGAGGAGGAAGAUGAUGGCGGCAACAACGGGAAGAGGAGGAAGACGACAACAGCGGCAACGAGAGGAUGAUACCAACGACGACGGCGACUGGAGGAUGAGGAUGGCGGCGGUCGACUAAAGGACGAGGAUCGGAGGAUGUGGCGACGGCGGCGACAAGUCUAGGGUUAGCAUUUUUUGUGUAAUUUUCAGUUUUGGAAUUUUAAUUUUUUUUCAUGAUUUUUCCUUUUCGCAUGUUGUCGUUUUCAGCGCUGGUUGCACUGGCCGCAUAUGAAAAUCCCGAUUUUCAUAUACCUUUGGGCGCAUUGUGGGCUACCCGUCCGCAUGCAAAA